AUGAAAGAGGCUAUUCAAGAUAUGCCGUGGAAAGAUGUGAUGUUUAGGAAUUUUGCUCGUCCUAAGGCCAUUCAUACCCUGUGGAGAGCGUGCCAUAACAGCCUCCCCACUAAGGAGAGAUUACUUAAGUUUGGCUUGAUUGAUAAUCAGGAGUGUGGUUUCUGCAGAAACGGUGAGAAUCUCAAUCACAUCUUCUUCCUCUGCCAUGGUACACGCAUUGUAUGGGAGAGUGUGCUAGAAUGGCUUCAAGUUCAACACCAUCCGCAGCAAUGGGAUUCUGAAAUUCUAUGGUUGACUGGGAUUUGUAAGAGAAAGAGCUGGAAAAAUCGAAUCAUUCAAUGUGCAUUUACUGAAACUAUCUAUGAGUGUUGGAGGUUAAGAAAUGCGGUGUGUUUUGGAGAACCAGACAGCCCUCAGCAACGCAUUGCAAACAUCGUGAAUACGACUGUCCUUAGAUGCUGGUCUCAAAAGAACAUAAGGCCCUAUUUAGGUAGAUUGAUGUUGCCUUGA